UUCGAAGUCGAAAACAUAACCAUCUUCCUCAAAUUAUGUGGACUUUAUAAAAGUUAAAUAUCAUAACUAUCACCUUUCUAUUAAAUGGAAGAAUUCGACUAAUUUUUUGAUAUCUCCCAUUAUUAUUAUUAUUAUAAGGUAUUUAAUCUUUUACUCAUACAAGACAAUAUUUCAUUUUAAUGUUCCGCGUGGCUUUCUAUAUUAGUAGUAAGCCCAAAUUCUCUAAAACUCAUAUCUGUCAAAAACGUAUUAUUCAGAAUCAAAAAAGGACAAUAAAGUAUAAAUUAUCUACUCUUCUGACUCAAUUUAACCACAUCUAAAUAAAAUAUGAUAUUCGAUUUGUUAUCUAAAUUAAUUAAUUUGAUAUCAAUUUUAUAUUUUUGUUCUUUUUUUGCAAAAACCUUAGUUUCCCCUUAUUAUACAUACUUUUAAAACUAAAAUCCUAUAAACACAUCUUCCGAAUAUUGAAACUAUGUACAUUCGAAAUUCCUCAUAUUAAAAUCAACUAUCUAUACUUUUUCAUUAUGUAAACUUCUGCCUUUAUUUUUCUAAAAAGUUCCAUAUUUAAGUACUAUAUUAGUAGUUGUAGCAUUCUAAAACUUAAAAAGUGGGUUUAAAAUAAGAGUAGUUUCAUACGCGAUUUCCUUCUAUAGAUUAUAAGCUACCUAAUGUCUUGUUUUGACACAAGUAAUGACAAAACAAGUGUUAUUUUCCUCUUUAUUUUUCGAAAAAACUUCAAAAUCAUAUUUAUAAACGAGUCUAUUAUUUCCCUUUUCUAAAUUUUAAUUCUAUUAAUCAUUUAAAAUUUCCGAAAAAACAUCGUCCUAGUCUACAUCAUAAUCUUUAUAAGAAGUAUUAUCUUUAAUAAGGAAGUCUAAAUACACAUAAUCGUAAAAUCUCUACAGUAAAUUUUCAUCAAAAUCUUCACUUUUCGGGUAUAGUCUAAUUUGUGAAUUUCCAUCUAGAAAUUCCAGAGGAACUUCAAAAAAACAAAAAGGUCUGAUUUUUUCUAUUUAUUUUUUGUCAUUUUCUUUAUUUAUUAACUCCAAAAUAACCUAAAUAUUCAUAUUAUUAUAAAAUUUUACGCCUGAAGAUAUUGUUAUUUCCUUUGAACCAGUUUAUGGAUUUAAUCUAUUAUCUAUAAGUAAAUAAGUAUUCCCUUCUUCAUUUACUUUUUUGUUUAUAAUCGACUUUAUGAUAUCCUACCCGAAUUUAUUUAUAUUCUCAGUCCAUUAUAAUAUAUUAUUUUAUAAUAGCCUCAUAAUAUUAAGGUCUUUUUUCUGCACUCUAGUACUAACUAACGACUACUUACGGUUUUCUAAUAGCUUAAUUUCUCUAAAUUUCUACUAUUAUAGUUAAUUAGCUUUCAAUGAGGCUUUAUUUUUAUCCAAUUUCAACCCAAUUAGUAUUUUCCCUAUAUGAUCUAAAGAUACCCUAUUAACUUACCUAUAUAAAUACGUUUUACUGAUUGUUCCAUGUUUAAAAACACUCUAAAGUAUUAAAUUAUUGCUUACUUAUUAUUUAUGUACUACAAUAUUUUUCAUAGUGUUUAAAUUUGAAUUUGUCUAUGUAUUUUUUUUAGUCUAAAUCGAAAUUUUCUUACUAUAUAAACCCUAUUUUUUUUUAAUUUAAUUAUUUUCCGAAAAUUCUAAACCGUUUAAAAUUUCGUUAUUUUCUUCUAAUUUUUUUUCCAAUUAUUGUGAUUCCUAUUAUUAUUAAUUAUUAAAUAAAACAAAGUUCUAUUCAUUUUCAUUUUAUAAAAAAUUUAAAUUAACAAGGGCUUAGUUAUCAUUUUACUUAUUCAUAUCCCUUUAUUUUUAUUUCUUUAAUCCAUAUAUUUCCUCCCACCCCAUCCAUUUCUUUUUCUAUCCGUCUUUUAUUUCCAAAGGAAGUGAGUUUUCCCUAUUAAAGUCUUUUACUUCUAAAACUAACCCACUUUUAUUUAUAAUAAAGUAAGGUUCUUCAUCAUCUACCCCUUCUUUUUAUUAAAUUUUCUUAUACAUUUCCAUUAUCUAUUCUAAAAACUAUAAAGAGCAAUUAAUAUUAAAAGAAUUAUGAUGUUCUUUUAAUACAGGCAACAUUUUUAGGUCAUUUUUUGAUUCGUAAUUACCUAAAUGAAAAUUUUAAAGACUUCCGAUUCUUUCUUAUUUAAUAUAAAAUUUCCAAGGUUCCAAAAACGGUUCAUAAGUGAUUUUUCUUUUAUUAAAAUAGUUUAUUUCUAAACAA